CUGGAACACCCAACCGACACUUGGCUCGUGCCGCAGCCGACGGCAACGUGUUCCGGCCGCUAGAGCGCUCCCGGAGAAGGGAAAGGCGGGCGAACAUCUUCCCUUGCUCCGCCUUUCGCUCCCGCGGUUUCUGCCACUCGGCGGGAACGCUUCGUCGACGUUGUCGACGGCGGUAAACAACGGAUGCCUGCUCGGACGACGCUACUGAAGACGACGAGGACGACCGAGACGACAACAACGUCAGCGCUGCGGGCGUCGAUGACGACGUCGUCGGCCUAACAGCUGUAGGAACAGCGCGGCACCACCUCGCCCUCGAGUCCACUAUACGCCGAGCGGGUGGUGAUCUGCUGCAAAGCGUGCAGAGUCCCGGUGCUGAACAGCGAGGACAGCUGGUGAACAAAGCAACGACGAGUUGUGAACAUCGGGGAGGGGGACAUCACGCAGAAAACGACCUUAACCCUUUUGUCUUGUCGCCUUGUGCGCUUGCCUUACGAAGCCGAGGAAAAUGGUCGUCCGCCACCACCACCACCACGGCGGACAGGUGCAACCGCCUUGACGGGUACUGUCUCUUUCGCCGACAACCCUUUUUUCGCGCGCCCCCACGGGCUGUCACUGAGAAGGAACGCCUGAGCCCACUCCUCCGAGCAUCGUAGGAGACCGAGCAUGCCUGAACAGAGCAACGACUACAGGGUUGUCGUGUUUGGAGCCGGCGGUGUCGGGAAAAGCUCCCUGGUGCUACGUUUCGUCAAAGGAACGUUCAGGGAAAGCUACAUCCCAACCAUUGAGGACACCUACAGACAGGUGAUCAGCUGCAACAAAAACGUGUGCACGCUCCAGAUCACGGACACGACGGGCAGCCACCAGUUUCCCGCCAUGCAGAGGCUCAACAUCUCCAGGGGACACGCGUUCAUACUCGUCUACUCAAUCACCUCGGCCCAGAGCCUGGAGGAGCUCAGGCCCAUCUUCGAAGUCAUACGAGAGGUGAAGAGCGGCGAGACCGAGGGCAUCCCGAUCAUGCUGGUGGGCAACAAGUACGACGAGGCGGAGUCUCGCGAGGUGCCGCCCGAGACGGGCCAGGAGCAGGCCAAGCGCUGGUCGUGCGGCUUCCUCGAGACGUCGGCCAAGACGAACCACAACGUGCGCGAGCUCUUCCAGGAGCUGCUCAACAUGGAGAAGCGCCGUUCCGUCUCGCUUCAGCUCGACACCAAGAAGACCAAGUCGCAGCUUCGCAAGGAAAAACUCAAGGGCAAGUGUCUCGUCAUGUGAGGAAACCCCCCCGACGCCAGAGUCGACGAUGAAGGAGAAGAAGAGGCCACGGAGAAGGCGACCACUCGAUGAACCACGUACACAAACACGCAUCCACACGAACACACAGACGUAAUGAAGGUCACGCGCGGCCUCGGGAAUUCGGAUACGCACCGGAACCACAUGAGCGCAACCACAUGGACGCGCUUUCCUCGCGCGUCGGGCUGCGCUGCUGGGGCCGAAUUCACAAAACUUAUCUUUCGUAAGUGGAUUUUUCCAUUGGUCAGCCGGCGUCGCUAAUGGUGUCCCACAUCGUGAUUGGCUGAAAUAUUCUCUCACGAAAAAUUUUAGCUUAAGACGUUUUCGUGAAUACGGGCCCUGGUCUCUUUCGGCGUCGCCGCGCCGCGGGCUGUCUUCUCAGUUAACUAACGACAGCAAUUAGGCUUUCCGGGUGGUUAUUUCCGCUGAGUGCUAAACAGCCGUUUUAACAAUGGCGACGCCGGACAACGCGGGGCAAAACGUUCCAUGUGGGUGACGCCUGAAAGCCGAGCUCCCGUACAAUCUCUCAAGGUUCCUGACUGCUUCAUGAUUCUCGCUUCAAGCUUGCUUGCUACAAGGCUCCGCUUGCGUCUGCUUGCUUCGUGCAAAAAGAGGGAGAACCAAAAAUUACAGGGGUGCUAAGGUCUUUCUUCAAUUCUUGUUCUAAUGACUAGUAGUUCGAAUAGAAAUGUCUAUGAAUGAAACAAUCGGCCUCCGUUUUGUUCCAAAAAGCGUCGGCGCAUGCGUAAAACAUAAUUGAAGCAUCGGGCCGUCACUGUCACGUACUUGCGCCGAAAAAGAAAAGGGCAGGGGGUGGGGGGCGACAAUCGAAAGCACAAAGAUGUGCGAAGAUUCCGCAUGUAGUACUCCCCUUUCCAUGCCGGACACAAACACUUCUCGUGUGCGGUGCUUUGGUUUGAAUAUGACUCAAAACUGGCCUGCACUGACGUCACUGGAAGCCAAUAUGUUGGAGUACCAAUAUGGUGGUACCAUAUUGGCACUCCAACAUAUUGGUGCCAUAUAUUGGUACCGAUAUGAUGGGACGCCAAGUUUGCAAUGUCACGUUGAUGUUAUCAGUACAUUGCACGCAAGUUCUUUCGUUAUUUAUUCACUGGCCAAAAAAAUGUCACGUUGGAGCAGGUUAACCACCACGCGAUUGCGCUGCCUUGACGUCAUCAAAUCCGGCAUGACGGAUCACCAGCACGUCAUGAACCUGCGUCCGUGAUGUCACGUGCAAGCUAUCGAUUCUGGACGUCGCACUCAAAGUUUUCACCCGCCCCAUGGUCGAAUAGCAUUGCCGUUUCUUCGAGGCCGUUCGCGAACCAACACUGACACGUACACACAGACGAGUAGCGACUGUUUUUCAUUUUCCAUUUUCACACUUUUGGUACACGGUACUUGUGCUAACCUGGUCACGCUAAGGGCCAGAACGUACUCGCAAGUUUUUAAUAAGAAAACACACACAAAAAAAAGAGAAAGACGAGUCCUUGGGUGCUCGUUUCGCCUGCUGCAAAUCUACGCAAAAUACCAUAUCCGAAACGUCUGCACUUGCGUUUGUGUUCAACGGUGUGUAUACCUUGUUGACGAGAUGACAACUAUUGUUACUGUUGAGAUAUAUUGUUUAUUCGCUGUGAGUUAUCGCGACAAUGCGAGGUGGGUCUGUGGUUACGCGGUGCCUCGGUAAAUAAGUGAUAAAGGAAGGAAGGCAAGGGGAACGGGAAAAGGCGCGCAUCGCUAGUGACGUCAGAAACUUGCCUUCUGAAAGAGCUGCCUUUGGCGGAACAGUGUCAAUAACUGCUGUCUCGGAGCACCAGAUUAGUGGUCAGCUCGAGUGCAUCUCUUCUCGGGAGCUACAUAUGUGACAUAUGCGCCUAUGUAUGGGUCAACGGCUUCGACACGUCAAUACCAUGGCCAAUACGAUGGCCCAAUAACCGGUAAUGUUCACAACGUGGAACACUGACUAUUAGUGCGCUAUUGCGUUUCGCUCGGAUUAAGAAGAAAGGGAAUGUUAUAUUCGUUUAUCGGUCAUUUAAAUCGUAUUGCUUCGCAACCGGUAAACUCUUAAUCAGGUCCCGCUUAAACAGCUAGAUAUAACCAGGAAACCCGACAAUUUUUUUUCUGGUUUCCUGGAUAUAGCCGGCUAUUAACAUGGACUUGAUUAGGAGUGUAUUUUCGACCAGAGCAUGUAAAGCACGUAAACUGGUUCACGCUGUACAAGCGUCCACAACUCGAAGCAUUCGCUGUUUGGCAGAAUAGCUCUGAAAAACUGAGAUUAUUUGUAGGUGUGCGGACACGUUCGCGAUAUAAACAUUCCUCGAGCGUCACAAAUUCUCGCAAGUUCGUUUAAGCGAACUUCGUCGCCAAAGGCAGCACGACAGAAGACGUGACGUCACUGCGAGGGCACUGCGCUCGGCAAACCAUAUCCAGUGAACACGUAUGCUCUCUGCGGACGUCGAAAUAAAUAACGAAACUCCGCGUGCUAUUUAAAGCUUACCUGAAUUGUCGGCGAGCGAACGCGGUCGACGACUUUAAAUCAAAGGGGAGUUUUUUUUUCGUCCCGUUCACCCUUGCCUCGGGUGUGAUAAACAGCACGCAUUUCGCUCGUAGAUGGCUCGUAUAUUUUUUCCUGUGCUUUUUCGUAUACCGCAUAGCCCGGAGAAUUUAUAGACGAACUAUAUUUUCUCAUUUUGUUACGUUGAAAUGACUAUAUUUACGGAGCGUUAAAAGUAGGGUCUCGCGAAGCAGACUUCGAACCCUUGUGGUAUGUUUGAACAAUAAAUGUGGCGAGAGCCCCUUUCCCGAAA